UCAUGUUACAGCCUACAACCUGUCAACCUAUAAUGCUGCUGCAUCUGUACCGUACGUAUCAGCACUCCCCAGAGCGUGUUUCUGCUUUUUCCCCUUCUCAUUCUCUCCUCGAGCACAUUCCUUAAUUUCAACAUCUUGGCUUGGAUUGCAACGAAGUUCUGUAAUGGAAGAAGGAAAGGAAUUUGGUUAGUUAAGCUCUUUUAUGUUGUUGCUGGAAUGGAAGGACAAAGAAGCUGGGAGACCCCUAUGCAUUUUAUGUCAUUGAGUUCUGGCGGGGAUGUUAAUGAUGUCUUCGAUGCAUCUCAAGAUGAUACAAACCACCGAUUUGUUGUGGCAGAUGGUGUGACCGAAAACCAGCUUAAUGCACUAUCUCUAUCUCAAUGGAUUUAUGAUCCAAAGGCACCUCAAAACUAUUUUGAUUUUCUUGCUGAAAAUUCAAUUUGUUUAGAGGAGGCUUCUACUACAGAUACAUUGGAGGGUAUUCCUCUGCCACUUGGUGGUAAAUAUGCAGCUGAUGGGGAUUCUGAGAUUCAAAGAGAACUAUACAACCACCCUGGGAGGGCAUUUGAUCUUCAAUCGGCUGAUUCUCCCCUUAGCAUGGAUGUUUGGCAAACAAAACCAUCUCCCUCUGUGCACGAGAGUGACAAUCUUGAUGGUUCAGUUGAUGUAAAACACCCUGAGCAUAAUGUAUACUAUUUCCAACAAUAUAACGAAGGAGAACAAAGAAAAAAGUUUGCAAGUCCUCGCAAUCAGAGACAAAAUCAGACUCUUACUUCAAGGAGACAACAUGCAAAGGGAAAUGAAAGCAACUUUUCUCAGUUUCUUCCAAGAGAAACAGAUGCUGUAGGUGGUGGUCUCAAGCUGAAACCACAUUGUAGUUUGAAAAAUCAAAGAGCUACCAUAACUGAUCGGCUACGCAGGCUACGAGUUGCUGAAAGACUGAAGGCAUUGCAAGACCAGCUUCCUCAUCCAGCAGAGGGUAGCCAAGCAUCUGUUCUGACUGAAAUUAUUGACCAUAUAAAGUAUCUGCAAUUUAAAUUAAAGGAUUUGAGCCGCAGCAAACUGGGAGGUGAACCAACUUAUGCACGUUUCAUUUUUCUUGAGGGAUAUGGUCACUAUGUUCUCCAUGAAAACAUGAUGAAUGAACCACUUGAAGAGAUGAUGGGAAAGUUACUAGAAGCCGAUCGUUCUAUGGCAACCCUAUUGCUGGAGAGCAGAGGCCUUUAUGUGAUGCCCAUGGCUACUGCUGAAGGAUCAAGUCAAGCAACAUAAGAUACUCCAGUCCCCGGCAGUACGACACUUUUUCUGCCUUCUUUUUUCUACUUUUCCUUCCUUUUUCGCGGAUUAAUAGUAAACAAGAGCCUGGUUCGAUGCUAGACUCAAGUUAAAGAAGAAGAAAAAAACUAGAGGGGUUCUGGCAGUUCCUGCUGCUGGAACAUUUUGGGUAGAAAUUUAGAUUAUAUGCUCCUUAUUCUGUUUCAAGUCUAAGUUUUGACAAGGUAAUGAAUUGUUGAAAUCUCAUUCCACCCAUGCGUGACUUCAGUAAGGUCCUUCAGGGUUGUCCCGAGAUACACAAGUCCGGAUGUUAUAGGCUGAAACAAGAAAAUUGCAGCAGUUCAUUCAAGAGAGAAGAAGAGGCAUCAUCUACUACACUCCUAGGACUACAAAACAAAGGCAUUCUCAUUGAAGAAAUACAGUAAAUCAAACACUGAUCACUGAGUCGAUAAGGAUGUGUCAACAAUGAGAUUCUGAGAGAGAUUUUCAUGACCUGAUUUAGACAAACUUGUAGUCUUAUGAUAAAACACAACAGUGGAUAGUUAAAAAGAGUAUUUACCAAUUUACUUGAGGGAUGAGAAGGGACGAGAAGGAGAAGUAUAAAGUUAGAGAGGUUUGACCCGCUCUGCUUUACAUGUUAUCCACGUUCUCUGAGCGCAAGGCCCGUGUGGUUUUUUCUUUCAAAAA